AUGGGCCAAAGUCAGAGUGGUGGCAAUGGUCCUGGGGGUGGCAAAAACAAGAAACAGAAAUAUGAACCUCCUGUCCCAACUAGAGUGGUAAAAAGAUGAAAAGUGAAGGGACCAGAUGCUGCCAUCAAACUGUCACUGGCAACACCUCAUACACCCAGUGCCACGAAGUUAGAGAGAAUAAAAAACUAUCUUCUCAUGGAGGAAGAAUUCAUUAGAAAUCAAGAACAGACAAAGCCAUUAGAAGAAAAGCUAGAGGAGGAAAGAUCAAAAAUGUAUGAUCUUAGGGGGACCCCCAUGUCUUUAGGAACCAUGGAAGAGAUCAUUGAUGAUAAUUACACUAUUGUGUCCACGUCUGUGAACUCAGAGUACUACGUCAGAUCAUUUGUAGACAGGGAUCUGCUGGACCUAGGCUGUUAAAUCCUGCUCAACCACAAGGUACAUGCUGUGAUAGGGGUGCUAAUGGAUGACACGGAUCCCCUGGUCACAGUGAUGAAGGUGGAAAAGGCCCCCAGGAACCAACACAGGAAACUGGACAACCAGAUCCAGGAAAUUAAGCAGUAUAUGGAGCUUCCUCUUAGCCAUCCUGAGUAUUAUGAAGAGAUGGGGAUAAAGCCCCAUCUGCCAAGAACAGGUAAAACUCUAUUGGCCAAAGCAGUAGCAAACCAAACUUCAGCCACUUUCUUGCAAGUGGUUGGCUCAGAGCUUGUUCAGGAGUACCUAGAUGACAGGCCCAAACUUGUGGAGCUCUUCUGGGUCUCUGAGGAGCACACACCGUCCAUUGUGUUUAUUGAUAAAAUUGAUGCCAUUGGGACUAAAGGAUAUGAUUCAAACUCUGGAGGUGAGAGGGUUCAGCGAACAAUGUUGGAACUGUUGAACCUGUUGGAUGGAUUUGAUGUGAGGGGAGAUGUAAAUGUUAUGGCCACAAACUGAAUAGAAGCUUUGGAUCCAGGAAUCAGACCAGGCAGAAAGAUGGAGUUCCCCCUACCUGAUGAAAAGACCAAGAAGUGUAUCUUCCAAAUUCACACAAGCAGGACAACAAUGGCUGAUCAUACAACCUUGGAUGACUUGAUCGUGGCAAAGGAUGACUUCUUUGGGGCUGACUUCAAGGCAAUCUAUACAGAAGCUGGCUUGAUAGCCUUGUGGGAAUGCAGAAUGAAAGUAAAAAAUGAAGACUUCAAAAAAUCUAAAGAGAAUGUUCUUUAUAAAAAAAAAACAAACAAACAAGAAGGCAUCCCUUGA